UCCCGUAUCCUCCAUAAACAACAGAGCAUGUAUUUAUAAAGUAUGUAAUUUAAUGGUAUGUCAUGCAACCAUUCUUCCCUACAGCCUCAUGGCGUCGCUGUAUACCUUUGUAGAACAGACAAAUAAUAUCAUCCCACCCACUUUUCCGUUUAUAAGAGGCUGUUUGCUGCAGAGAGGAGAGGAAUAGUCGACUUUGUAUAUUUGACUCGUUUAUUAAAUGCAUAGGGAUUUUCCCUAUCACUUUGGCACAUUUUUUGGUCUUCACUAUUUUACUUUUUCCACAUAGAAGAUAUUUUGUGUUUGUGUCACAAUGAAUGGAAACGCAGGAUUUGUUUUACUGUUUUCGCUCUGCUUUUGUGUCAUGAUGGCGCACACCGCUUAUGGAGACGUGAGCUAUUCUUUCCCGGAGGAGAUGAAACGCGGAUCUGUGAUUGGAAAUAUAGCAAAGGAUCUCGGGCUCGAUGUGAACAGACUGUCAUCUCGCAAGGCUCGUAUUGAUACUGAAGCUAACAGAAAACGAUACUGUGACAUUAAUCUGAAUACUGGAGAACUGACCGUAGCGGAGAGAAUCGAUAGGGAGAGUCUUUGUGGAAAGAAAGCUUCAUGCGUUCUGAAACAAGAACUUAUGUUUGAGAAUCCCUUGGAAUUGCAUCGAAUUAGUUUACACAUUGAAGAUAUAAAUGAUAACGCUCCGCAUUUUGACGAGGAUGUCAUUAGAAUGGAAAUAAGGGAAUCGGCACACAAAGGGGAAAGGUUUUUACUGGAGGAAGCGCACGACCCGGAUAUAGGAAAGAAUUCAGUUCAGUCUUACACGUUGGAAAGCAAUGAGAAUUUCGUUUUAAAUGUUAAAUCAGACGAUUUAGCAGGGAAAUACUGUGAAUUGGUAUUAAACAAAGAACUUGAUCGCGAGCAGGAGCAGGAGGUGACAUUAAUUCUUACUGCGGUAGACGGCGGGACUCCACCGAGAUCAGGUACUGUAGCCAUACACGUCACUGUGCUGGAUGCUAAUGAUAAUGCUCCAGUCUUUAGUCAGGCCGUCUAUAAAGUCAGUCUGCCUGAAAAUUCUCCUGUAGAUACUGUAGUGGUGACAGUGAGCGCUACUGAUGCUGACGAGGGACAAAAUGGAAAGGUCACGUAUGCAUUUGGUCAUGUUUCUGAGGAAGAUAAGAGAUUAUUCUUGCUAAAUCGCAACACUGGAGGAAUAACUGUUAUCGGAGAAUUAGAUUAUGAGGAGAAAUCAGCGUAUGAGUUGCGUGUUUUAGCAAAAGAUGCUGCAGGUUUAACAUCUUAUUCAAUGGUAAUGAUAGAAAUUACAGAUGUUAAUGAUAAUGCUCCGGUUAUCAUUAAUAAGUCUUUCAAUAGUCCCGUUCCUGAGAACGCGUUACCCGGUACAGAGGUUGGCAUCAUUAAUGUUCAGGACAGAGACUCUGAGAAUAACGGACAGGUGCGCUGCUCCAUUCAGCAGAACGUCCCAUUUAAACUCGUUCCUUCAAUCAAAAAUUACUAUUCUCUGGUGACCACAGGUGAAUUAGACCGCGAGCUGCUCUCUGAUUAUAAUCUUACAAUCACUGCUACUGAUGAGGGCUCUCCGCCUUUAUCUUCCACUAAGAAUCUUCACUUGACUGUUGCUGACGUGAAUGAUAAUCCACCUGUAUUUCAGGAGCACAAUUACAGAGCUCAUGUGCAAGAAAAUAACAAACCGGGAUCCUCUAUUUGUUCAGUAUCAGCUACAGACCCGGACUGGAGACAGAAUGGCACUGUAGUUUAUUCUCUGUUGUCCUCUGAUGUCAAUGGCGCACCGGUGUCCUCCUUUCUAUCCAUUAACGGAGACACCGGGGUCAUUCAUGCCGGGAGAUCGUUUGAUUACGAACAGCUGAAGAGUUUCAAAGUGCUCGUGUUAGCCAGAGACAACGGUUCUCCUCCUCUGAGCAGUAACGUGAGCGUGAGUGUCUUCAUAUCGGAUGAGAAUGACAACUCCCCUCAGAUAUUAUACCCCUCUCCGGAAGGAAACUCCUUCAUGACCGAGAUGGUGCCCAAAGCUGCGCAGGCGGGCUCCCUGGUCUCCAAGGUGAUCGCCGUGGACGCGGAUUCUGGCCAGAACGCGUGGCUCUCGUAUCACAUUAUUAAAGCGACUGAUCCGGGACUUUUCACUAUCGGUGUCCACAGCGGGGAGAUCAGGACGCAGCGGGACAUUUCUGAAUCCGACAGCAUGAAACAGAACCUUAUUGUGUCCGUGAGAGAUAACGGACAGCCCUCUCUCUCAGCCACGUGCGCGUUGUAUUUACUCAUAUCAGAUAACUUGGCUGAAGUUCCAGAACUGAAAGACAUGUCUCAUGACGAGAGCAGCUCCAAACUGACGUUUUAUUUGAUCAUCGCGCUGGUGUCCGUUUCCACUUUCUUCCUGACCUUCAUCAUCAUCAUCUUGGCCGUGAGGUUUUGUCGCAGGAGAAAGCCCAGACUGUUGUUUGAUGGAGCUGUAGCCAUUCCCAGCGCGUAUCUCCCUCCAAAUUACGCAGAGGUGGAGGGCGCGGGAACUCUCCGCAGCACUUACAAUUAUGACGCGUACCUGACCACGGGCUCGCGCACUAGUGAUUUCAAGUUCGUCAGAUCUUAUAAUGAGGGCACACUGACUGCUGACCUGACUCUGAAAAAGACUCAGUCUGCUGUGGAUGAUCUUGAAGGGCUUAAUGCCGAAAUGAGCGACUCGUUUCAGGUAGGACUAAGUGUUUUAAUUAUUUGUUGAUUUUAAAUAUAUUUUUAUCUGGACGUCCGUUUUAAAUGUGUAUUUGUUUUCAAAAUUGACCGCUUUCACUGCCAACAGUCGCUUAAAAGUCCAAAACUACCUGACUCGUUCAAAUGUUUUAUUUUAUUUUAUUUUAUUUUUAAAAAAUAUGGUCUGGUCUUCCAUAUUCACUGUGCAUUUUUGUUGAAAGUUGACUGCUUUGGCAACAGGCUCUUAAAAAUAUCAUGUGACUCAAGAGCAUUAUUUUAGCCACAGAAACAUUUUGAGUAUCAAGUUCAUAUCAGAGAUUGUUAAUUGGUGUAUAAAUUGUUUUUUUUUUAUUUGUUUGGUCAAGUGUAACAGUUGUAAGUGACGAUGCAUGAUUCACGAAUUGACGUGUUUUACGUGUUUGCUUUUUUAUUUUUUUCUUGACCAGCUAAUUAAUUUCUGAUUAAAAGUUUAAAGUUGUUUUGUUGAUAUAGAUAACCAUUUUCUGGGUGAAUUAUGUAGAUUGUAGAGUAGCUCAUAACUUGUAGUUUUGUAAACGACGUGAAGUAUCCCCCCCCCCCCCCCCCCCCCCCCUCUUGAUUCACGAUUUUAAGUCAUGUAUGGCUUAGCUCUGCAUUCAGAUUUGUACCACCAUGCUUCAUUAACGUUAUUCAUUCACGACUUAAGCCUUGUUUUCAAAAGAAUUCACAUUUCCGGAUCAAUUAGAAAGUUUACAAAACCUUUAAAACAACUUAUUUAAACUCUUCAUGCUAAUUUGAGAGUCCAUGUAAAUUAUGUGGUUCUUUCUAUUGUCUCAGUAACUAUUAUAAAAUCUGUAAAUAUUGAUAUUUAUAAUAAAUUAUUCUUUAAAAAAAAAAAAAAAAAA